ACAAUUGCUAUAUAAGAGUUUCAUUGUUGAUCAUAAUAGACAAGUACUUCAAGAGCAAUUACUUACAUAUACAUAUUGUAUACUCAAGAACCAUGCAAACAUCAUCUUGCAUCUCUUCUUCUCUUCCCUUGCCAAUCAUCAACCAUUCUGGUUUUAAGGAAAUGGAGCAUGAGGACCGCUUUGCAAAAAACCAAAAAUAUGAUUGCCUUCUUUUUGAUUUAGAUGAUACUUUGUAUCCACUCAGUUCUGGUCUUGCAGUCGCAAUUCUGAAAAAUCUUAAAGCCUACAUGGUUGAAAAGCUUGGCAUAGAUCCAAGUAAAACUGAUGACUUAUGCAACCUCCUUUACAAGAACUAUGGAACAACUCUAUCUGGUUUAAGGGCAAUUGGAUAUGACUUUGACUUGGAUGAAUAUCACAGUUUCAUUCAUGGGAAAUUACCUUAUGAGAACCUGAAACCGGACCCGGUUCUGAGGAACAUGUUGAAGAGCCUGCCCUAUAGGAAACUUAUCUUCACAAAUGCAGACAAAGUUCAUGCUCUUAAGACACUAAACAUACUUGGAUUAGAAGACUGCUUUGAAGGAAUUAUAUGCUUCGAGACCCUUAAUCCAAUUAACAAGGGCGGUGUCUCUGAGGAUGAUGACAAUGAGUUUGCAGGCUCAGCAAGCACAACUAAGCCGACAUCUAGUAAUAGAGCAAGAAACUCUCAGAUCUUUGACAUCAUAAGCCAUUUUGCUCAGGAAAAUCCCAGCGGAACCCUGCCAAAGACACCAGUUGUUUGCAAACCGUCAGAAAAAGCCAUUGAAUUGGCUCUCAACAUCGCCAAUAUUAACCCACAUAAAACUUUGUUCUUUGAAGACAGUGUCCGCAACGUUCAAGCUGGAAAACGAUUGGGACUUGACACUGUGCUGGUCGGUACAUCGCAAAAAGUUCAAGGUGCGGAUUAUGCAUUGGAAAGCAUCCAUAACCUUACUGAAGCAGUGCCAGAUCUAUGGGAGGCUGACGUGAAAUCAGAAGUGGUUUACACUGGGAACCUUGCUAAGGAGACAACAGUAACUGCUUAAGGAAGCCCCAUAAAACAUUGAGAAGAAGCUGAAGCUGAUUACUCAACUUUAGAUGGAAUAAAUGUAGUUUUUGUUUUUUAGAUGUUGUAAUAAAUUGCUAGAUUAAAUAAAUUGUUGAGAAUAAUAUUGGUUGUAGUACUAUAUUAUAAAUAAAUUGCUAGAUGGAAUUCAGUAAA